AUGAAAAAGCAUUUGGUGAAGAUAGGUGGAGACAUUAAGAAGUGUUCUAAGGUCCCAUAUGAUGUAGAAAAACAAAUGGAAGGUUUAUUCAAAGAGAUUCAGAAAAGUAAAACUAGUAAAAAGAAAGUAAGUUUCAAUGAAGAGGGUACUGAUGAGAUUGAGGAUGCAAUUGAUGAAGCAAUAGCGCAAGAAGAACAACAAACUCCGAGUCAGUUACCAAAUAAGGAGAUGAUUGGAGUCGAUCCAAAAAAGAAAGCAAAAACCAUUAUUCCUCCUAUGUUUGCACCAAGAACAACUCCGGGAAGUCAAUCAAGUAUGAAAAGUGUGUUUCAAAACAAAGAGGCGUUUCAUGAAGUUGAUAAGCGAGUGGCUAGAUGGCUUUUGGAUUGUAGGAUUCCUUUCAAUGCGAUUAUGUCACCCUUUUUUCAAGAUAUGUUGGAUGGUGUUGCUGGCAUUGGGCCUGGUUAUAAAGGUCCUUCUUAUGAUAAGCUGAGGGUUAACUUAUUAGCCGAUCUCAAAAGGGAGUGUCAAAUAGUUGUUGAUAGCUAUAGGUCUGCUUGGAAAGAAGCUAGAUGUACCCUCAUGGCUGAUGGUUGGACAAAUCAAAGGCAAAGAACGUUGAUUAAUUUUUUGGUUUAUUAUUCGAAAGGGUUGUGCUUUGUGAAAUCUGUAGAUGCUUCAAAUAUGCUAAAAAAUGCUUCAAGCUUGUGUGACUUGUUUUUGGAGGUGAUUGAAUGGAUUGGACCUGAUAAUAUUGUUCAUGUAGUGACAGAUAAUGCCGCAAAUUAUGUUGUUGCUGGUAGGCUUAUUAACAAAAAAUUUGAAAAUAUUCACUGGUCACCUUGUGCUGCUCAUUGCUUGAAUCUUAUUUUGAAAUAUAUAAGCAUCAUGCCAUAUAUUUCUAUCCUUGCAACACGUGCUUCGAAUAUUACCGUGUUUGUGUAUAAUCAUACGACACAAUUAGGAAGGAGUGCUAAUGGUAGAGUUGUGAGUGCAAUUAUCCUAGACAAUAAAUUUUGGAAUGAUUGUUUUACUGCAUGCAAAAUUGUGAGUCUGUUGAUUAAAUUGCUAAGAUUGGUAGAUGCCGAUGAUAAACCAUCAUUGGGAAUUGUUUAUGAAGGUAUGCUAAGAGAAGCACCUGAUGUCAUGCGAGGUUUACUUGAUCCUGUUACAUUGUAUUGCAAGGUUAAUAAUUUAGAUUCAGUUGAGGCAAUAAAAGAAAUACACUUAUAUAGAGAUCGAAAGGAAAGCUUUGAUAAGCCUGAAGCUUUUCGAGCUGCAAAAAAACUUCAACCUGAUGAAUUGUGGAGGUUGUUUGGUGGUUCUACUCCAUGUUUACAAAACAUGGCAGUUCGCAUUCUUAGCCAAUUAUCUGCUUCUUUAGGGUAA